CGGUGUCGUGAGAGAGCCGAAGAGCUAACACAAUUUAUUCCCUGUAUUCGGAUUUGAGUGUGGGUUUCGGCGUCAUCAGCAAUGUUUGCAGUUCUCCGAACAAGAACGUGGUUACGCUAUUCAUCGCAUUCAGAGUCCCUUCUUCAACAAUGUAAUAAAGUAGGGUUUUCCUCUCUCUCCGCCGUCAACGGCCGUAACUGCUUUCUGGAUCUGCACGAGAUCGAGAACGUUCUGACGGACGUUAAAGCUGACGACGUUAAGGUGCUUCCGGUUCCCAAACACUGCGAUUGGGCCGAUUUCAUGGUUCUCGCCACCGGCAGGUCCACGUGGCACGUCAAGAACAUCGCUCAAGCCCUAAUUUACAAGGCUAAGCAGAAACAGAGAGGAGCUGAACGAAUGGUGCUACCUAGUGUGCAGGGACAAGAGGGAGGAAAAUGGAUCGUCAUUGAUUCUGGUAAAGUGAUAGUUCAUGCACUUGAUGAAAAGGCUAGAGCUUACUACAAUUUGGAGGGUCUUUGGACCCCAGGGACAAAGCGAAAUGAAUCUGAUGAGGAUUUACAAAAAGCUUUGGUGAAGGUUCGUCGGAAAAACAAUUCAAAGAAACCUGCACAAAAGAAUACUUAAUUGGUGUUUCUAUGCAUGAGGGCUGCAAACAACCUUCUAAAAACUGUAGUUUAUCAGAUGUAAACAAUUUAGAAGUUUGUAAAAAGAUCAUCAACUUUCUGAAUGUUGUUUUACUUGUUCUGUAUGCAAAUUUUGGUUGGAUGUCUUGCAGCAAUGUCGAUGUUAGGAGAGGUGAAGUUUUCAUUUUAUCCCAUUAUCGACGUUUUUCUUCAA